GUGCCGCUCGUAUUUCGACUGACGGUCAUGAUUACUUCAUUAAUGUCGCUGGCCAUUGCCACGCGAAUCUUCGUCCACGAGAACGCGCAGGACAGAAGCAGCGCGGAGCGUACGCAGAGCGUCGUCGCCAUCGCCGUGGACACCGUCGCAGUUCCAUACAUCGCUUACAUGCUGUGGGAUGAGUACACGGGCAAGCCACUCGGUCUCCGACCCGCCACGCAAAAGAUCGCCUUGAUCUUACUGGACCUCUUCUUCAUUAUAUUCAAAUCAGUGAGCACGGCACUGGCGUUCGAGAGCCUGGUCUAUCACAAUGAUCGGGGUGACGCGAAGGUGGCCCAGCUCUCCAAGGCUCUGUCGGCUUUUGUGUUCGUGGGGCUCGUAUCGUGGACAUUCAACUUCAUGGUGAAUAUUUUCAGGACGGUGGCAAGGCUGGGAACGAACGAGGGGUGAGCAGGCGCAUAUGGGUUUUUGUUUUGUUUCUGGUGUCUGGGUUGAGAGUGCAAGGACACCUCGAUUGGUCUGUUUUUUCCCCCUCAGCGUUCAGUCCUGCGGGAUCGAGGAGCUUGUGGUUCUCGUUUUCCUAUUCAUCGGCUCUGUUGAUGCGGGACGCACACGCCGAAUUUUAUGACAUGAUAGGAUGGCGAGACUGACUGCGAAUACCUUUCACAC